AAACAAUUGAAUGAAUAAACAGUUUACUUGAGAUAGUAACAAAUAAAUAUAUUAAUGUACUAAUUGUGGGAGAUUGUUAACAUGACAAAACUCAAUCCAUGCUCUGUGUCACAUGGUAUGCGUUAUCUUGUUGAUUUCCCUACUAGGAUAACACAAUCAUAAGCAAGCACAAUAGAUAAUGUAUUUACAAAUAUCAACAAACAUUUUUUUUUAAGUGGCAGAUCUGAAUCCUCUCAACUCUCUUAACACGAUGGUCAGCUAAUUGAGAUUGUUAAAAAAUGGAAAAUAAAAACAGAUAAAAUCCCCCACAAUGCCGUUGGAUUUCUACUACACUCCGGUCAGCGCUCCUUGCCGUGCAGUCCUCCUCACUGCCAAGGCACUCAAUGUCAGCCUCAACCUCAAGAUUGUGGAUCUUCAGAGGGGCGAUAACCUCAAGCCUGAAUUCCUUAAGAUAAACCCUCAGCACACGGUUCCAACACUAACUGACAAUGGAUUUAGCAUUAGCGAAAGCCGGGCAAUCAUGAUCUACCUGGCGGAGGAAUAUGGCAAGCAGUCAUGUCUUUACCCCAAGGAUCCCAAGAAACGGGCUGUCAUCAACCAACGUCUUUAUUUUGACAUGGGCACUCUGUACACCAGUAUAUAUCACUACUAUUUGUUGGCCCUAUGGUUGCGAGUGCCACGAGAUGCUGCCCGCAAACAGAAAGUGGAUGAUGCGUUCUCGAUCUUAAACAAGUACCUAGAGAGUCAGAGUUGGGUAGCAGGAGAGAGCAUGAGUCUGGCUGACUUCUCCACUGUUGCAAGCGUCUCCACUGCUGAGGUUUGCGGGUACAAUGUGAGUAGCUACCCCAACGUGGCGCGGUGGCUGUCUGCUGCCAAGUCUGCGAUGCCCGGCUACUCAGAAGUCAACCAGCCCGGACUAGAAGCACUCACCAAGAUCAUCCAGUCUGUCAAUAAGCCUUUAACAACUCAGCUGUAACCAUUAUUUUGUUAUUUUAAUAAAUGUUAUUGUACAUAACUUA